UUUGUCUCCUCCUCCCCAGUGGAAGCCUCUCCCCCUCUCCCUCUCUGCUUCUCAGCCUCUUCCGCUUUCCUCCCCUGCUUCUAAUGAAUUGAAACCUCCGAGAGAGCCGCCAAGGCUUCAGUAGUUUUACAAAACUGUCCUUGCUCUUUGCGCAUUUGCCCAGUCAAGGGUAUCUUUGCCUGAGGUCGGAGUGAUGCUGUUUAGUCCCAGUGAUAUGAUUGCAUAGCAACACAGAGCGGCUCCGAGAGAGGGGAGGAGGAGCAGGAGAAGGAGGGCAGGGGAGGUGGGAGAGACAGAGGGAGAGUGUGCAUACAGCAGCUGUCGGCAUCCCUGUCUCAGGGACUUCUUUGCUGAUUCACAGAGACAGCCCAGCCCUGGCCGCCCAGCUCCCAGUGGCCGCCUGCUCCUCAGACCUGACGGAAUCAGAAGGUAGGCCACAGAGAAACGACUUCCAAGCCUCGCCCUUUUUCAGCCCGCUGAGGGGAAAUGACUGAGGGAAGGGAAGCUCCAGAGGUGCUUAUGCUCAACAGUUGGUGCAUUGCCUGUCCUUGCCCCCUCAUGAGCCUUGGUUCUGAUGCAACCUCUGGUCAUGCAGGGAUGCCCUUCCACCUUCCCACGAUGUCAUGAAUGGCGAGUAGUGGACCACUUCCAUCAUAGCAGCAGCCUCCGAAGCACCUGCCCCCAGCCUCAGGUUAGAGUUGCUGCCGCCACCCCUGCACCUUCUCACCAUGGUGCUGGGGUGCCCCACCUAAGCCCAAAGCUAUUCAACGGGUCUGUUGGUGCCGCUGGACCCCUGGAACCACCAGCCAUGAAUCUGUGUUGGAAUGAAAUCAAAAAGAAGUCUCACAACCUCCGUGCCCGCCUAGAGGCCUUCUCAGACCACAGUGGAAAGCUUCAGAUUCCUCUCCAAGAGAUUAUUGACUGGCUCAGCCAAAAGGAUGAAGAACUGUCAGCUCAGCUGCCUCUACAAGGGGAUGUGAUCCUGGUGCAACAGGAGAAGGAGACACACGCGGCCUUUAUGGAAGAUGUCAAGUCUCGGGGCCCCUACAUCUACUCUGUGCUGGAGUCAGCUCAAGCCUUCCUGUCCCAGCACCCAUUUGAAGAAUUGGAGGAGCCUCGUUCUGAGAGCAAAGAUACCUCUCCAAGACAGCGGAUCCAGAAUCUUAGCCGCUUUGUGUGGAAGCAGGCAACCGUGGCCAGUGAACUAUGGGAGAAGCUAACAGCCCGCUGUGUGGACCAGCACCGCCAUAUUGAACGCACUCUGGAGCAGCUGUUGGAGAUCCAAGGGGCAAUGGAGGAAUUAAGCACAACACUGACCCAGGCUGAGGGUGUCCGAGCCACAUGGGAGCCAAUUGGGGAUCUCUUCAUUGAUUCACUCCCUGAGCACAUCCAGGCUCUUAAGCUGUUCAAAGAAGAAUUCUCCCCCAUGAAAGAUGGAGUGAAGUUGGUAAAUGAUCUGGCUCAUCAGCUUGCCAUAUCUGAUGUGCAUUUGUCAAUGGAGAAUUCCCGAGCCCUGGAGCAGAUCAACAUCCGGUGGAAACAGCUACAGGUGUCAGUUGGCGAGAGGCUUAAGCAGCUCCAGGAUGCCCACCGGGACUUUGGGCCUGGGUCACAGCACUUCCUCUCCUCCUCUGUUCAAGUGCCCUGGGAAAGAGCAAUUUCACCCAAUAAAGUUCCCUACUACAUCAAUCACCAGGCUCAGACCACAUGCUGGGACCAUCCCAAGAUGACUGAAUUAUACCAAACCCUAGCUGAUCUGAACAACAUUAAGUUCUCAGCUUACCGCACUGCCAUGAAACUCCGCAGAGUCCAGAAGGCAUUGCGUCUGGACCUGGUAACCCUAACCACAGCCCUGGAGAUCUUCAAUGAGCAUGAUCUGCAAGCCAGUGAGCAUGUGAUGGAUGUGGUGGAGGUCAUCCACUGCCUGACUGCCUUAUAUGAACGGCUGGAAGAAGAAAGAGGCAUCCUGGUCAACGUGCCACUCUGUGUGGACAUGAGCCUCAACUGGCUCCUGAAUGUUUUUGAUAGUGGUCGCAGUGGAAAGAUGCGGGCAUUGUCCUUUAAGACUGGCAUUGCAUGCCUGUGUGGCACAGAAGUGAAGGAAAAACUGCAGUACCUCUUCAGCCAAGUGGCCAACUCAGGCAGUCAGUGUGACCAACGCCACCUUGGUGUCCUGCUUCAUGAGGCCAUUCAGGUGCCCCGUCAGCUGGGGGAAGUAGCAGCCUUUGGCGGCAGCAACGUGGAGCCCAGUGUCCGUAGUUGCUUCCGUUUUAGCACUGGGAAGCCAGUUAUUGAAGCUUCACAGUUCCUGGAAUGGGUCAACUUGGAGCCCCAGUCUAUGGUGUGGCUGGCUGUUCUGCAUCGGGUCACCAUUGCUGAACAAGUGAAGCAUCAGACCAAGUGCUCUAUCUGUAGGCAGUGUCCCAUCAAGGGCUUCAGGUACCGGAGUCUGAAACAAUUUAACGUGGACAUCUGCCAGACCUGCUUCCUGACAGGCAGGGCCAGCAAAGGCAACAAACUGCACUACCCCAUCAUGGAGUAUUACACCCCGACCACAUCCAGUGAAAACAUGCGGGACUUUGCCACUACCUUAAAGAACAAAUUCCGCUCAAAGCAUUAUUUCAGCAAACAUCCUCAGCGAGGUUAUCUGCCUGUGCAAUCAGUGCUGGAGGCCGACUACAGUGAGACGCCAGCUUCUUCCCCGAUGUUGCCACACGCUGACACACACUCCCGCAUUGAGCAUUUUGCCAGCAGGCUUGCUGAGAUGGAAAGUCAAAAUUGCUCCUUCUUUAAUGACAGCCUGUCUCCAGAUGACAGCAUAGACGAGGACCAGUAUCUGCUUCGGCACUCCAGCCCCAUCACAGACCGGGAGCCAGCCUUCGGACAGCAGGCUCCAUGCAGCAUGGCCACCGAAAGCAAGGGGGAGCUCGAAAAGAUCCUGGCCCACUUAGAGGAUGAGAACCGGAUCCUCCAGGGAGAGCUGAGGCGCCUGAAGUGGCAGCAUGAGGAGGCUGCCGAAGCACCCACCCUGGGGGAGGGCCCUGCUGAGGUGGCACAGGACCACCGCAACGAGGAGCUGCUGGCUGAGGCUCGGAUCCUUCGGCAGCACAAGAGCCGCCUGGAGACGCGCAUGCAGAUUCUCGAAGACCACAACAAGCAACUCGAGUCCCAGCUGCAGCGCUUAAGGGAGCUGCUCCUGCAGCCACCUACCGAAUCGGAUGGCAAUGGCUCUGCAGGCUCGUCCCUGGCUUCCUCACCACAGCAGUCAGAAAGCAGUCACCCCCAGGAGAAGGGACAGACUACUCCGGACACAGAGGCUGCAGAUGAUGUGGGGUCAAAGAGCCAAGAUGUCAGCCUGUGCUUGGAGGACAUCAUGGAGAAGCUGCGCCAUGCCUUCCCCAGCGUGCGAAGUUCUGAUGUGACUGCCAACACCCUGCUGGCCUCUUGAUGGAAACCAGAUCCCCAUCCCAUAGUCCAUGGUCCUCUCCCAGUUCUGGUCAAAGCCUUCCCUUGGCCUUCACCCAACCUUUCCAGUUCCCACUGGCCCCACACUCCUCAGCCAGAGUUAUUCGAGCUCCAGGCAGCAGCAGGGAUUUGGUGGUAUGUGAGGUGGGUGUGUGGGGGCGGGGGAUGGAGGGACAUGAUUCCUCUGACUCUGGAAAUGUGCCCUUUAAUCUUCAAGUCUGAGGCCAGUCCCUUAAAUACACUUCUGUUGCAGCCCAGGCUAAUGGUACUUGGAGGCCAUUUUAAUGGGGAGCAGUGAAGCUGCCUGGCAGAAUGAAGCAGUGCCCAUAGCCCCUUUCCAUUCUCCAUGGAAUCAUGGAGAUGGGGGAGUGUAAUGAUACCAGGGCUCCAACAUUAGGAAUACACCGGAGUUAGCCCUACUCUCUGGCCCAACUCAGGGAGGCAAAAGGGUAUCCCAAAGACACUCCCACCCCCAAAGUGCCCCUGAAAAAUUCUGGGCAACAUGUGUCAUGUAGCUUCAGCUCGAGGGCAUAGCUCUAGUCGUCCCGAUGCUACAUAGAUGUUGUUUCCUCCUUCACUAUCUUCAGUUUUGUCUGCCUUAGUCCCUGGCAGACCUUUCUCAAGGUUCAUUUAGGUUCCUAUUUUCACCUUACUUUGGGAAACAUUAAAGAAAUACUUAUGGGCUUAGGUAUUUUCCCCGGAUCCUCUCCUGAAAAAUCCCAGCAUCCUGAGAGACCAGCUGGGUUGCAUCCUGGGAACCCAGCUGAAGCCACCCUUGGCUCUUCUGAGUCGGCCCUCAUAGCCCUGGUGGAGGGGCAGCAGCUGCUCAGCAAAGGGGGUCUUCUUCUUGGGUCAGGAAGGGGAAGCCACCCUCUAGACUGAAGGAGUGUUACUGCCCCACGCCCCUGCAGGUUGCGACCCUUCUUUCUUAGGCUGAGUCAGACAAGGUGGCUGACUGCCCCGCAGAUAAUCAUAAGGCAGAUGCAACAAGCCACCCAGAACAGUGGCCCUUCCUAGGAGCCACUGGCCACAGAUCAGGGAGUUGGCCACCUCUGCGCAGACAACAGCAAAGCCUUCCUUUACGUAAAACUAGUGUCUCUAACUCUGGAAGGUGAACCCCAUCCUCAAACUGAGUUAACUCUUCCUUUUAUCCAGAAACUAUUCAGAAUAGAUAGUGGGGGGUGGCAUGGGGGUGGGGGGAGUGGGCUUGGGAACUUUAAACAAAGUCAGAGCCCAUUUAAGCAGCUUUCUGUCAAAAGGAGCAUUAUAACUUAGCACCCCACAGUUGACUUAACUUGCCUCAGUUUAUAUGCAUACAUCCCUAUCCUACAUAGCUACUGGAUGUCAGUACUUCCCUGGCCUCACUCACACAUUAAAUUCUAAUACCUCUUGAUGUAGUAAUGUUCUUCCUUGCUCUUUGUUAGUCCCAGCCUCUGGUUGGACAGAUAGAUGCAUCCUGGCUACUCCCCCAGGAUGUCUCUCCAUUCAUGUUUGAGGUGAGCUGUCCUCAAGACCAAAACAACAGAAGCCUGUGGCCCCAGAGGAAUCUAACAGGAAGAGUCCCUCUGUUCACUUCAUUCAUUCCAAAUCUUGUUCCCUUGAGACCUGGGCCUCAGGUGAAUUUUCCUGGGCUCCUCCAAACAAUGGUUCAGGGGCCAAAAGAGAGCAAGUCCAAGGUCUACUCACCCCGUGUGGAAAGGGAGGAACAAAUAGGCUUUUAGUAGCCCUUGCCAACUGAGACAUCUUCCAGUUUCUGUCUGGCUCAGGGCCUUGAAGAAAGUAGCAGUUGCCACCAAGGUCAGGUGGGUAUGAGAUGGUUGGAGUGUCCUGUAACAAUCAAGCAGUUGGCCAGUGGGUAGAACUGCUGAGAAAUUAGAUUUAGCUACUGCAGGGGAGGGAAGGCAGUGGCUUGGGUCCAGAAGCCUAGGAUCGCCUCCUUCUAGAAUCACCAGGGGGCACUAAGCCACAGGUUCAGGGUGUCAGGCUUCAUCAGGACACUCUGCCUUAGUGCUCAUGAGGUCCUGGGCAGGAGAACUGGUGAUAUAUGGUGAGCAGGUGGCAGGUGGAGAUCAAACUCAGAGCCUUGGCAUCAGGCAGCAGGGUUGAGGGGAGCCAUAUUUGUAGGAGCCUAGAUUGUAUGUAGGACUAGGAGAGAAGAAAUUUGCUCUAGGACAGAGAGCUCAGGGUCUUUGAAGCAUAUGCCUACCUAAGCCUUAGGAGGGUAGAUAUUAUGAAACAAUCUGACCUGGAAAAUUCUGGAAAAUCCUUUCCAUAACCCCCUCUCCACCUGGAAGCCCUUGGACUGUUGAAGGCCUGUGGCAAUGAUAGCGGGCCACAGUAGAGAAGAUGUAGAUCUUGUUAUGUAGGAUUUGUGCUGUAGGUGGACCAGAGCAGAAAGUUGAGAGUUGAAUUCUCAGUCACCUGGUCACUGACACUUUGUGGUCCUGUGUUUACCUUGUUGCCUGAAGUGAGCAUAGCGAUGGAGGAUCUAAUGACAGUCAUUGCAGCCCAUGUGGGCAGUUUGUCUGCAGUGAGGUAAAUGGAUCUUUGGGCACUGCGAAUUCAAAUUAAGGCGGGAUUUACUGAGAUGUGUUGCAUGUUAGACAUCUGUCAUGUAUUGUGUCUCCUAGAGGUAUUAUGUGUCAUGCUGUGUAGUUUAUGGCCCCUGUACUGGAAGGGUGGGGAAGGGAGCCGUUGGGUAGGGAGCCUAACGAAAACCUCUGACUUGUGAGAUUAGCAUCAGUGAUAAGGGAUGUGAGUGUUUGCUGGGGUUGUUGUCAGUAGUAUCAGGGAACAGUUAGGAUUGAUAGGUGAUGAAUUCUUGACAGAAUCUGAUAGAGGCCAAAAGGCCAUUAUGAGGGUGCAUCUGCUCUUGGUGAGAGCAGAGUGGAGUCAGGUUGGGAAAUUAUUAGGAAGGCUGACUGGCUGGAGGAUAUCAGGCUGUUUGUUGUAUGGUUCCCUAGAGAGAGUCCUACCCAGGAGGAUAUUUGCCCUUCCCUCCAGAAUGGAAAAGCUGAAAUCAAGGCCCCCAAGUGCCCAUUUCUUUCAAAGUCCAUGUAAAUAUUUGUUUAUAGAGAAAUCUUUGAGUUUGUUGUACUUUAGGAGCUGGGCUGGCAGGCCAAUGUAAUUAGAAAGCCUGAGGCCCAGCAGAGGCCAAUCCUAGGAGAUGUUUUCCUUCCAGAUGAAUUUAAGGAAUACCCAUGAUGCCUGAAGUGUGUGUGUUUGGGAUCCAGGCUCCAUAUUCAGCUGCGGGCUAGAGCAUUCCUCGAGCAGACAUUCUCAGUGGCAGACUCACAGCCUCAGAGGCCAUUUCAGGCCAAGAUUCUUUUCAAAGUUCCCUUGACGUAGGUGACAGAUAACUAAAGAAAGUAGCCGCUCUGACACGAACAGUACUGGAGGAGAAAGUGGGGGCAGCUCUAUCUCUGGGCUUUCCUGCCAAAAUCUGGCCCUGAGAACAAAGGAAUACUUCAGCUCCUUCUUACUCUUUGAACGCCAAUGACUGUGGGAGAGGGCAGGGCUCAAGGCCAGGGCUCAGCUCCCAGCCUCCAUCUCCGCCCACAGCUGCUGCAUUUGGAGGGGCACCUGCUGAAUGUCCUUGUUGUCCCCAGGGCUGUCUUGAGGCCAGACUGCUAUGCUGCUUGCUGGCUGUAAGGACUGGUCAUGAGGAUGGGAUUCAGGGAAGUGGCAAGGGUGGCUCACAAGUCUAGCAAGGUUUAGGAUGAAGGGGCAGGGCUGGGAACAAACUGUUUAACUUUGCCACUCACUGUGGUGCUUUUCCCCUUCCCCUUCAAUUCUGCUUUGAAAAGAAUAAAUUUGUAUUUGUUUACUUU